AUGACACAACAACAAGAAGAACUUGAUCAAAUCAAAUCACAGAUCCAAGAUCAUUUAAUCUCAUCAGGAAAUUACGAUAUAAUAAACAAACAAUUAAAAUUAAAAUUAUAUGAAUCAGGAUGGUAUGAUAAAGUAUCCCAAUUAACUAAUCAACAAUUAACCGAAUCAAGUAAAAGUAAUGGUAAUGACGAAGGACAGAUUAAUUUCGAUCAGUUGAUGGCUAAUGUUAAACCAAAAGCUGAUGAAUUGGUAUCUAAGAAUGUUAAACAAGAAAUUAUGGAAAAGAUAAAGGAUUAUUUAGAAGAGAUUAUUCAAUAG